AUAAAUGGCGCUCCGCAACGCUGCGUCUUCCAAGUUUCUGGCAGCCUCGUUCGGCCUCGUUGCUGGUUAUUCUGCGUAUCGAUACAGAGCAUCACACUCGAUUCCAGCGCAGCUGCGAAACGACGCUGCGAGCCCUACAGGCCCUCCAGGUACAGGCACAAUGGCUGUCAAACAUAGCUUCCAGACCCUCUUCGCCGUUCCGCUAUCCUGCGACGGCUGCGUCAAGUCCGUUUCAGACUCUCUUUACAAACUCGACGGCAUCACAAAGGUCGAGGCAAACCUCAAGGACCAGCUGAUAUCGGUCGAGGGAUCUGUCGCACCAUCUGCCAUCGUCGAGGCCAUCCAAGCCACGGGCAGAGAUGCCAUCCUCCGGGGUUCCGGCGCUUCCAACAGUGCCGCCGUGAGCAUUUUGGAGACGUUUGACGACCAACAGGAGCGCUUGGAUGGGGAUAACAGCCGGGAAGUGAGAGGCCUCGCCAGGAUGGUGCAAGUCAGUCCCGAGCGGACACUGAUCGAUCUGACGAUAAGGGGCGUUGCGCCCGGCACGUAUCGGGCAACCAUUCGUGAGUACGGAGAUCUCAAACACGGCGCUGCUUCGACCGGGCCCGUCUGGUCUGGGGGCGAAAAGGAAGCCCCCAAGGGAGAUCUCGGCGUUGUCGAGGUAUCCAAGGACGGCCGGGGAUCCGUCUUCGUGGACCAUGCCUUUCAGAUCUGGGAAGUCAUUGGCCAUGCCAUGGUGCUCACCAGACAGGACGAGUCUGCGCCGCUGAAGAACGACGACAAUACCGUGGUUGGCGUCAUUGCGCGUAGCGCCGGGAUGUGGGAUAACGACAAGACUGUCUGUUCCUGCACGGGUAAGACGUUGUGGGAAGAGCGUCAGGACGAGGUCAAGAAGGGCAUGCUGUAACA